AUGGCCUACAUCCUCUACUCCGUCUCGCUCUUCGUUCUGGUAAUUGCGACAGCUGCCUAUUUCACCCGGCACCGCUGGAUACACCUUCUGCCUAUCCCCGGACCCAUCUACACGCGCCUCCCAUCCUCGUUCCGCGACGACAUCGAAGCCGGCCUUUCGUCCUCAGCGUUUGACCUGAGUGGGAACGUGGAAGCCGGCGACUCGCGCCAAGGCUUGGACGACGCGGGGAAGAAGGAGGUUAUGCGCAUUAUGAAGAGACGCGGCUGCGACUUCGACGAGGCACGCAGAAUAUACAUGCAGGAGAGGUUCAAGAAGAACAACAUUGGAGCCGAUGGGAUACCCCGCGACCCCAAGUUUGUCAGCUUCUCAUAA